CUGCCCAGUGCAACUUUGUCCUCCACAAAUCCCACGUGAUCAAAUUUUCACUACAUUACAAAUGAAAGUGUAAUAAAUUCUUGAUUAUCUGUGCCAGUAUAGGGAAGGAGUUACGCAUAUUAUUAAAUGAGUGGACAUGGAAAUGGAAAUGGAAACGAAAAUAUCAAUCAUACUGCAUUCAGCCCUCAAAACCAUUUAAUUAUAAAUUACUGAUGUGCUUCUUAAAAAUAAAAGGAGGCACAUAUGUAUUUUUCCAAUAGGUGAAUGAAACCCUUGUUUAAUGGGUGACCUGAGCAAAGAACAAUAAAGUAAUAAAGCAGAAAGUUGCAAAACAGUGAGAAGAUGUACUGUCUAGUACAAAUCAUCAUAAAUUAUCACUGAUAUAUGUUAAGGUAGCAGAUGUAAUGGACCAUAUUUAAAUCAUUCCAAAGAGAUAUACCCAAUGCUAAGAAGUUCUGAAGUCCUGUAGUUAUUCUGCAUAUGCGUAAUAAGUUUACUGUCAAAUAGUCACAUGCAGCCCCCUGUCCUAUUUCUUUCCUACUUCCAUUAUUCUUGUAUCACCAUACCAACCAAUCAGCCUACCAACGGUUUUAAUGGUUUGAACACUCAUUCAGACAUCCAGCUACAAGCUACAAAACUAACUCUCUGGGCCUGUGUUUGGUCACACAGAAAAGAUUUAACACAAGGAUUUGAUUCUGGCUAAGGAGCCAUUUAAUUGGAGUUAUCUGGAUUGCUGUACAACCACACUUGUAAUAAGGAUGUAGAAGCAUUACAGAGCAGUAGUUGCUUGUAUUUUUAAGCUAAUAUAUUCACAUUGAAAUACUGCAAAAUGUAAAACACUGUCACAGUAUUAUCUUGCACUGUAGAAGCAUGAACUGUAUACUUAUUCUUCAACAUACAUGUUCAGGUAAGGGGAUAGACUUACAAAACAUCCAACAAUCUCCCAUAUUAUAUAAAUUACAUGGAAUUCCAUGCAGUCACAGUUUAAUUACAGUGUGAUCUUUGCAUUUAUUUCACAAAAAAAUUUCUCAUGCAUGUCCAGACUCCUGUCCCCAGUUUAUUAUAAAUGUUUCACAUAUAAUACCUGCCUUACUACAUGCAGCUAGAACUCACAUCCAGAUCACGCAACAAACCUUUGGCCAUAAAAUGUGCAGAAGCUGGCCAUCCCUGUUUCAUAUUAUAUUUGCUGCAAAAAAUUUGGAUGAGUUUAGAACUUUAGUACUUUUAAAGUGAUCAAAAUUUUUACUGACCUUAUCUCAUGCAUUGAUAGCUCAUGUAAAAGAUAAAACUUUUUUUCAAGAAAUCUGUUUGUAUAUAAAGGCAGGUUAUCAUUGAGCGAACAGCGAGAUUUGUGUACAGGGACCAUGUUGCCGAAGCAGGUUAUCUGGUCAGCAGUGCUGGCAGUCACAAUCAGUGUGGCAAUAAAUGCAACGUUUUUAACUGGGACAGAAAGACAGAUGAAAGAUGAGAUCUUACAUGGGUUCAGACAAUUUGAUGAAACUGGGAGACUGACACCAGAACUUUCCAUAAUAAUGAAACAAAUUCCUUUAUCAUCCAUCUCUGGUUUGACAUCAUCGAGCACGUCACCUGUAACACGUGAGAGUCUCACGUGUUUAGCAUGCCUUGCAGCAGUUGAUAUUAUGAAAAUAUACAUAGACACUCAUACAAGAGAUCAAGUUUAUAAUCUCGUAGUUGCACUGUGCCUUGACCUGACAGAUUACAAGGAAGAAGUUUGUCUUGGAUCUGUUGGAUUACACCUGGAUCCAAUACUUUACAUAUAUAAGCACACUGCAAAUCUUCCUGCUGCUCGACUCUGUGGAAUUGUGUUUCAAGGAAGUCAAUGUUUUGUAGAUGAGCCAAGUCUUGAAUGGUCUAUUGAUAUUGAUCCUGGAUCUAAAUCAGAAGACAACAGAAUUGAAGACAAGAAAGCACAUGCUGCCAGUCCUCUGACUAUUAUCCAACUGUCAGACAUCCACCAACAAGAAGAUUACUUACCAGGUGGAAAUGCAGCAUGUGGACUACCAAUAUGCUGCAGAAUCAACCAAGGUCCCCCACCAAGCCCUGAUGCAGCAGCUGGGUACUGGGGUAAUGGUGGCUGUGAUAUACCAAUGCAUCAUUUUGAAAAUACACUGAAACAAAUUAAGAAUACUCACGAGAACAUUGAUUUUAUCUACAUAACUGGAGAUAUUGUGGACCGUGUGGUAUGGGAUACAAAAAUUCCAACAAACAUUGGUGUUCUAACAAAUAUUACAGAAAGAUUGCUAACAACGUUUCCAAAUACACCUGUGUAUACAGUUUUUGGAAAUCAUGAACCAAGUCCAUUAAAUGUGUUUGCACCACAUUACAUUACCGAUGAGACAGUUUCAGUAAAUUGGUUAUAUAAUUUGUCAAUAAACCUGUGGUCUCACUGGCUGCCACCGGAAACCAAUGAAACUAUUUUACGUGGAGGCUACUACACUGCCCUGGCAAAACCGGGUUUUCGAAUUAUAGGUCUCAACAAUAAUGUCUGCUACCCUGAAAACUGGUGGAUGAUACAUAACCCAAAGGACCAAGACGGACAGCUUCAGUGGCUGGCUGAUACACUGCUCCAAGCUGAGAAAAAUGGAGAAAAGGUUCACAUUCUUGGACACAUAACUUCAGAUCAGUGUUUCAGGACUUGGGCCAGAGAAUUCCGCAGGAUUGUUAGCAGGUUUGAGAACACAAUAACAGCUAUCUUCAAAGGACACACUCACAGUGAUCAAUUUAAUGUCUAUUAUUCCUUCGAUAGACCAGGUCAUGCUACUGGUGUGGCAUUCAAUGGUGCCAGUGUCACCCCAGGCCCAAACUCUAAUUACAAGGUGUACACUGUGGAUCCUAACAAUUAUACUGUCCUAAACAGUGAAUCUUGGAUGUACAUUUUGACAGAUGCUAACAAAAAUCCCAGUGAGGAUCCAAGCUGGUAUCAAGCCUACUCAUUUAAAGACGUAUUUGGAGUUCAGUCAAUGAGUGCUAUAGAAAUGGGGAACUUGACCCAUACACUUGCCAAAAACCGGCCUCUUCUAGAAGAAUAUGCAAGGUAACUGAUUAGUUGUUCAGUUGUAAGUU